AAUUUAUACUUACAUGUGAUAUACGCACAUAGGACCAACAUAGUAUUUGCCGCCAAAACAAUCAGUAUGAUUAUACCCAUAAAAAGAGAUGGCGAACUCGAAGAAUGGGCAAUUAUUGAAUUACAAGGUGAUUUAAAAUUUGACUCCCCUGAUGUUACAAAUAAAUAUAUUGGAGAUUUACACUUUUUGAAAACUGGUACACCAAUAUUUAUAAUUGGUAUUCAUGUAUUACAUGGAAAAGAAGUACCACUUCCAAAACCAUUUGCAGUUUUAAUAAAGAAAAACACAGAACAUGCUUCUGAAAUAAAAACUGAAUAUAAUGUGAAAGCCAUUGUAAGAAAAAAAUUAAUUUUUAGAACAAGGCCAAAACCUAUUAUAACAAAUGUUCCACGGAGUAGUUGAAUUUACAUACACAUAGCAUAAUAUGAUCUACUAAAUUUAUACAAUUUUGAAUAAUUUAUCAUAAUGUACACUAUUAAUAAAUAAAUUUAAAUGAAUUUUGAAA